UUCAUUUGCUGAUUAAAAUGAGUUCACUGCUCUUCGAUAUAAAAUUAAAGAGAGAGAAUAAGGUUUACCAUGAAAAUGACAUGCUAUUGGGCUGCGUGCAGUUUCAGUGCGCCCAGGAGACAAAACACGAAGGAAUUAUAUUGUAUCUGGAGGGAAUCGUUAAUCUGCAACUUAGUGCUAAGACCGUUGGGCUUUUCGAUGCUUUCUAUAACUCGGUGAAACCCAUUAAUCUGCUGCAGAAUAGCCUGGAGUUAUCUGCGCCCGGAAAACUGAGCGCCGGCCGUUCGGAGUUCCAUUUUGAACUGCCUUUGGUGUGCAAAAAGGAACCGCGAAUUCUUUAUGAAACAUACCACGGAGUUUUCAUCAACGUGAACUACCAACUCACUUGCACUGUGAAAAGGAAUUUCCUGGGCAAAGCGUUGACCAAAAUCCAGCAGUUCUGCGUGCAAUACAAACCGGUGCCUCUAAGAGAGGAUUCAAAGAAGGUGGUUCCUUUCAGCUUGAGUCCGGACUCACUGCAGAAGAAUGCCAGCGCCAAGGAGAGACUGUCCAUGCCCAGAUUCCUCAUCACAGGGCGUUUGGACCGAAGUGAAUUCUGCGUAACAACUCCGAUUACUGGCAGCAUUACGGUGCAACACACGGAGGCGGCCAUUAAGUCCAUUGAGAUGCAAUUGGUUCGUGUGGAAACCUGCGGUUGCGACGAGGGCUACUCCAAGGAUGCCACCGAAAUCCAGACCAUUCAAAUAGCCGAUGGCAAUGUGCUGCCGAAGCUAGAACUACCCAUCCAUAUGGUCCUGCCCAGAUUGUUCACCUGCCCCACUUUGCUCACCAAGAACUUCAAAAUCGAGUUUGAACUUAAUCUGAUUGUUGUAUUUAAAGAGGACUACACGGUUAGCGAGAACUUCAAAAUAGUCCUGAAACGUUCGGCGGGUCCUCUGCCCAGCAAAGGAACUACCGCAGGACGCUGAAUAAAUAAACUUUCCCAUAUGGCAGCUAUUUUAUGAACAUAAAAGUUCAACAAACUCGAAAGUGUAAUAAGAACAAAAUACAUUUAUCUAAAAAAUGUAGUAAUUAUAAAUUGAUUGGGCAUAAGAAUCUUCCUGAAAAUAA